AUGGACCGUCUCAUUCGCCCUGUCACCCGUCAAUUAUUGCGCACUCAGCCCAGAUACCCCUUUAGAAUUCCCACUACUCACGCCCAAAGACUUUACACCAUGGGACACAGCGCACCACAGUUGAAAGACCAGUCUCUCUUCAUUGAGAAGUCAUACAUCAAUGGCGAGUGGGUCGGCGCGAAGUCCGGCGAGACCUUUGAAGUUCACGACCCCGCGACCGGAAAACUGAUCGGAACAUGUCCCGAACUCGACACCAGCGAUGUCGAAAAAGCAAUCCAAGCCGCCUCCGAGGCCUUCCCCAAAUUCCGCACCACACUUGGCCGCGAGCGCGCCCGCAUGCUGCGCCGCUGGUACCAACUCAUGGUCGAUAACGCAGAGGACCUAGCCACCCUGAUUACAUGGGAGAAUGGAAAGCCCCUAGCCGAUGCAAAGGGCGAAGUUAACUACGCCGCCAGUUUCUUCGAGUGGUUCAGCGAGGAAGCACCCCGCACAUACGGAGAUACCAUCCCCGCCUCUGUGCCUGGUAACCGGGUGAUGACUGUGAAGCAGCCCGUUGGUGUGUGUGGUCUGAUUACGCCGUGGAAUUUCCCUGCGGCUAUGAUUACGCGUAAGAUUGGGCCUGCCCUGGCGGCGGGGUGUACUGUUGUUGCGAAAUCGCCGCAGGAAACCCCCUUCACGGCUAAUGCGCUUGCCGAGCUGGCUCACCGCGCGGGUAUUCCUAAGGGUGUAGUGAAUAUUGUUACUUCGUCCAAGAAUACUCCUGCUGUCGGUGAGUUGAUCACUACGCAUCCGGAGGUGCGUAAGGUGUCUUUCACUGGUUCUACGAACGUGGGUCGUAUCCUGAUGAAGCAAUCUGCUUCUACGAUUAAGAAGGUCUCCUGGGAACUGGGCGGUAAUGCGCCCUUCAUUGUCUUUGAUGAUGUUGAGGACCUGGAUGCUGCUGUUGCAGGUGCAAUCGCAUCCAAGUUCCGUAGUUCCGGCCAGACCUGCGUGUGCGCGAACCGUAUCUACGUCCAGAAGGGCAUCUACGAGGAAUUCAGCAAGCGGUUUGUGGCUAAGGUCAAGGAGUUCAAGCUUGGCGGUGGUUUCGAGUCUGGCAUUACCCAUGGCCCUGUUAUCCAUGAGCGUGCUGCUAACAAGGCCCACGAGCAUGUUCAGGACGCUACCUCCAAGGGUGCGCAGGUUGUCGUUGGUGGUCAGAAGGCUACUGCGCUUGGUCCGAACUUCUAUCACCCCACUGUGUUGACGGGGAUGAGUAAGGAUAUGCUGCUUGCUUCGGAGGAGACCUUUGGUCCUGUGGCUGGUCUUUUCCCCUUCGAGACAGAGAAGGAGGUUGUUGAUCUGGCAAAUCGGGCUGAGGUUGGUUUGGCGGGUUACUUCUUCAGUGGGAAUGUGCGUCGCAUCUUCCGUGUUGCUGAGGCCCUGGAGGUUGGCAUGGUUGGUGUCAACACUGGUUUGAUUAGUGAUGUUGCUUCUCCCUUCGGUGGUGUCAAGCAGAGUGGCUUCGGUCGCGAGGGCAGCAAGUAUGGUAUUGACGAGUUCAUGACUAUCAAGAGUGUGACAUUUGGUGGCAUGGGCGAGCCCUUGCAGGACAUGCGCCCAUCCCAAAUCCUCGCGGUCGCCCGAACCCGCCCAUCCAAGCUGAAGAAACCAUCCAUCAGCCUCGACCAUUUCAUCCAACGACAGCGGGUCCUGACAUUCUGGCGAGAAAUCGUCCGAGCACUCAUCAAGGUUCCGCCCUCCUCCACAAGAACAGAGCUGCGCAAUUACGCGCGCGCUGAAUUCGAGCGUCAUCGCGAAUUAACAGAUUUGACUGGGAAAUCGGAAUUUCAGACUAUGAAGCGGUAUAUUGAUGAACAGGUUGCUGGUUGA